UCCACAGAGAGACACUUUGUUGUUAAAGCAGGUUGUACCACAGAGUGAUGAUGGUGAAGAUCGCAGCAGCGGACACACACCGAGGUUUCUGGGGACAACACUGCUGCUCGGUGCUGGCUCACAGCUGAAGGGACGGAAGUAUGCAGCUCUGACUCUUCCGCCCCUCUGGAAGCUGAUUGGCCAAGUGAAGCGUCGACUCGGCGUCUGUCAAGAAUCACAAGUGAAGCCAGAGUUGCCUUCCCUUCUCCCUCUCAGGCUCCCUCACUGUGCAUCAUCACAGGUGCAGCUCCGAUAUGACUAAGAGAAGUCCAUCUUACCAGCUGGUCAAAAGGAUGCUGAACCAUCACUGCAGAAGGAACCCAGAGCUUCAUGAGGAGCUGCAGAUCCAGGCUGCAGUGGCAGCUGGGGAUGUCUGCACUGUCAGGAGAAUGCUGGAGCAAGGAUACUCGCCGAAGAUCCGCGACGCCAACGGCUGGACUUUGCUCCACUUCUCCGCUGCCAAAGGAAAAGAGAGAUGUGUUCGAGUCUUUCUGGAGCAUGGAGCUGACCCCACAGUGAAGGACUUCAUAGGUGGCUUCACAGCACUUCACUAUGCUGCUAUGCAUGGCAGAGCACGGAUCGCCCGACUGAUGCUGGAAUCCGAGUUUCGCAGUGACAUUAUAAAUGCAAAAAGCAAUGACGGCUGGACGCCGCUGCACGUGGCCGCCCACUACGGUCGAGACUCUUUCGUACGCCUCCUCCUCGAGUUCAGGGCCGAGGUGGACCCACUGAGUGAUAAAGGCACCACGCCGCUGCAGUUGGCCAUCAUCCGUGAGCGCUCCAGUUGCGUACGGAUCCUCUUGGACCACAGUGCCAACAUUGACAUUCAGAAUGGCUUCCUGCUGCGGUAUGCCGUCAUCAAAGGCAAUCACUCUUACUGCCGCAUGUUCCUCCAGAGGGGAGCGGACACAAACCUCGGACGUCUUGAAGAUGGCCAGACUCCCCUGCACCUGUCUGCCCUCAGGGAUGAUGUAUUGUGUGCCCAGAUGCUCUACACGUAUGGAGCUAAUACAAAUACCAGGAACUAUGAAGGGCAGACACCUGUAGCUGUGUCCGUCAACAUGUCAGGAAUCAGCCGGCCCUGUCUGGACUUCCUGCAGGAGGUCACCAGACAACCACGGACUCUGCAAGACUUGUGUCGAAUAAAAAUCCGUCACUGCAUCGGCCUUCAGAGCUUGAAGUUCCUGGAGGAUCUACCAAUUGCAAAGGUUAUGAAAGACUAUUUAAAACAUAAGUUUGACAAUGUGUGAAGGAAAGCACAACAGAAGAGGAGAGAGUGACUCUGCUAUCAAUUUGGAAGACUAUGCAAUCACCACAUCCACAUGACUGUUCCUUACAUGCUGAAGGAAGGUCGAUCCUGUUUUUGUCAAGUUCAACACUUCACAAAUAGUUUUCCACGUCACUCAUCGAUUUCAGCCUUUUUAUAGUCGGUUGCUGAAGGAUGGAAAUAGAGCUGGCUUGUGUGAGCAACAAUUAUUGUUUUUUUGGGAAAAAGAAACCUCAAUUGACUGCAGAUACUAUUCUGUUUAUGUUACUGUGCACAAUGUUAUCCUUGUUGGCUCAGAUUGUCAUCAUGUGCGUACUUUAUAUGAAGAUACUUUAAUUUAUUUACCCCUCUAGGAAGUUAAACUGGACCUGCUGCAGUCGAGAUUUUAUUGCUCGGAAUCACAAAGUGUUGAGCUACUUACAUACAGAUAACUUAAAAAAACAUCUACAAGGUACAGUCUGAUUUUGUUUUUUGUUUUUAAAUCUGGUUCCAAUCUACACCAGCUUCUCCAAUUACUUCUAUGACUUAUGAAGCAAAUGAAGCUGGGGUUGUGCCCAUCGACAGAUAUGUCCCCCACAGAAACAGUUGCUGAAUAGUAUUUAAACGUAGCUCUUUAGUUAUGUGGACAUAAGAAGGCAGUGUUACAAGAAAUAAGGUGGAUCCCCAUUUGUUCUCUUAUAACAAUCACCACUCUAUAACAACAGCCAGCCACAACGUGCCAGAAUGUGGAAAUCCACCUCCGCUCUACUGUCAAAUUUGCCUAUAAUUUGAGGAAGGGUGUUGGAGUUAAAACUGGGCUGAAUCUGUACAGUGACAAUAUAACAUUAAAUGUCACGUCAGCUGAAGUGAAAGUUAACAAACAGCUCAAGAGUUGAUUAACGAUCAACCACCAUCAAGUUGUGUUUUACAUUUCUAAACUAUAUGUAGAACAUUUAAGUUUGAAGUGGGUGCACUGUGAUUUGCUUCUCUUCUGAAGCACCACAUUUACUCUGUGACGGUGUUUUUUAAUAAGAAUAACAGUUUAAAGUCUGUUUUGGAUAACACUGUCACACCAUCACUACAGUCUAUGUAAAUAUGUGCAACAGAUAUUUUUGUAGAAUUUAUUUAAGCAAUUAUUUCUGGUAUUCUUAAUGUAUUUAAAGUUGGAAUUUAUAAUAAUAUGAUCUGUUUGGUGUGACUCUUUCUUUUUGUGUGCGACUCCAAGUUAUUUUGUGCAGGAACAAUUUGGAAGUGUUCUCUUUUUAUUUCUAUGGCAGCAAUGUUUCUCUGUUGUGAGGAUUAUACUGUGAAGUUUGCAUUUUGACAUUAAAAAAUUAAUUGUAGGGGUCUAAAUAAAUACCCACACAAAAAGAUUAUGUUUUUAUUUGCCUCUGCAUGUGUUUUAAUUGCAUCGUGAACGUAUGUGGCACCUAAAAUUGCUUUCCUUAAAAUCUUAACAAAUCCAUUACAAAUGUCACUUUAAUGUUCAUGUUUAAUUUUGACAUAGCAACUUUGUAUGAGAUUUUGUAUGCAGCUAAUCUGAGACAAAUACUUGUUGCCUGUUACCAAAAAUCGUACGGGGUCAGAGGAGUUGCAUGGAUUUGGUAUUUUACACUCUUGUGUCUAAUUUAGUGGGCUGCGUCCAUCAAAGCCUCUUCAGAGACUAAAUACAUUGCCACUGUGGUGUAAAGGUUGUUGCUUUUAAUGCAGCUCUGAAUAUGAAGGACCCUGAAUGUGUGUCCCUCCUGUGCCCUUAGAAAUGACAAAAGUAGACAGUUCUGAAAGAAAUUUGGUUUAAUCUGGGUGCCCUUUUAAUUUACAACAACUAAAACACACAUGUUUACAUUCAUAUUAGUCAUUCUAACAUCUUAAGGCCUAACAAAUGUUCAAGUGUAUUUCCUUCCACCUACACAUAAAAACAGAAAUAGUUUGAAUACCA